AUGCCCUACGUCGACCUGUACAGCAACGACGACUACGCGCGCAUCCACUACAAGACUAACACCCUCUUCAACAACGUCGGCGGCUUCGACCCAGAGAAACCCACUGUCGUUAUUCUCCACCCCAACUUCCUCGACUCGACCUGGGUCCACAACCAGUUCUCCGACCUCCGCCUCGACGAUGGCUUCAACCUCAUAGCCUUUGACAAUCGCGUCAAUGGACGUUCGCGUGCGCGCCCCAGCGGUCGGCACGACAGCUGGACAGACGCUGCCGACCUGGCGUUUUGUCACUCCAUGCUCGGCCUCCCACCCUGUCACAUUCUCGCGCUCGAGGGCAUGUCCGUCAACACCGCGAUGCGCUUCGCUGCACUAUUCCCCGACCUCUGCCUGAGCCUGACGCUAGUGAACGUGCCCGCGCCGACAGAGUUGUUCUGGGUGUACACCGCGUACGACGAGAUGAUCGCGUCUUGGUGCGGCGCGGAGGACCUCGAGUCAUUAGAACAUGUCGCGAUGGAGGCCGUUACGUUUUUGGUCGGCCAGCAAGAAUGCGAUCCAGACCUGCAAGACGACAUUGUCGAAUUCUGGGAGACGUCAGCAGCCCCUCGCCAACGGUUACGUUUGGUCGAGAACAUCAAUGUGCUUUUACAUAGAACACCGCUGAACAAAAGUGUAUACAACGCCAUCACCCAACCUGUUCUCGUAAUUCACGUAUGUCACCCCGCACGCCAACCAUUCGGUCUGCUAAAGUCCCCCGCGCUUCCAGGGCGACAAGAACGAGACGUGUCCCAUUGUCCACGCCGAGAAACUUGUCACCCAGUUGGUUAA